AUGAUCAAGUGGAAUUACAUGAGCAACUUUCUUGUCAAAUGGGGGGAACCAGCUAUCACAAGUACUUCUCUCCAAAUCGGGGGCGUGCUUGGCAACCCCGCACAUCUGCCAGAUAUUCCACUUGAGGAGACUCUCCUUGACGAAUCCCACAACAACAACCUCUUAACAUGCUUCAAACGGAACGGGUUUUCCAACCCGAUUGCGUACUAUCUCAAUGAUACAUUGAAUGAGGAAUAUGCCGAGAGGUCAGAGAAUAACGGAGUACUGGAUUUCCCAAUCCUUUUUAUCGACACAAAACGCGACACUACGUGUACUCUUUCCAUGGCACCGAAAAUGGCAGAAGAGCAAGAGAGAUAUGUGGAGAAUCUGACUUUUGAGACGAUCGAAGCAGGCCAUUGGCCACAUUUGGAACGACCAGCUGAGAUUAAUAAGCUGAUAAAGAAAUGGUUAGUAACAAAGUUGGGAUUUGUACUAUUGCAGUUGUAA